AUGAUAUAAACUAAUAUUACAAGUCUUAUUCAAUAUAGACCUAAUCAGAUGUUCUCUCUUAAUCUCCUCAAAAUCUUAGCCAUGUUAUCAAUUUCAAUGAGUCAUUAUGGAAUAUUAAUUGGAUAAAAUGAUCGACAAAGUAUAAUCAAUAGCAAUUUUAUGAUAAUCAUGAUAAACUCCUUAUAUGCUGUUGAUAUUUUCUUCCUUAUUUCAGGUUUUAUACUUGGAAAGAAACUACUAACUAAUCCAAACUUGUUGUUGUCUCCUAUUCAGUCUAUGUUAAUGAUAUUAGAUAGAAUAAUGAGGAUAUAUCCCUUAUAUUGGAUACUUCUGAUUAUUUACAUCAUAUUACCAAAAUUAUUCACUAAUGUUGGAUAUACAGAAAAUUGUAUGGAUAAUAUUGCAUAUGUUAGUACUUUGACACACAAUAUUUUCAAUAAAUUUGGCUGUUUUGAGUGGAGUUGGUACAUAGCUGUGGAAAUCUAAACCCUAAUAUUCUUGUGUUUAUCUAUUCCAACAAUUCAUCUGAUUAGAUCAUGUUUCUUGAAAUCAAAAGGUACUUCAGAUACAAACAAAAAUAGCAUCUAAGAUUUAUCAAAUUAUAUCUUUUUUUUAAUUAUUACUGUGCUGCUCUAUAGUAUGGCUAUCUGCAUUCAAAAUAAUUAUAAGAUAUCUUUUUACGCUAUGACAGAUAAACAAUUUUAUUACAACUUCUAUCAAAAACCUUAAUAUAAAAUGUCUUCAUAUUUAAUAGGAUUGCUUACUGGCUUGAAAUAUAAAAGGCAGUGUUUUGCUAAUACACGCUAUAAAAUAAUAGCAAUUUUGGCAUUUUUCUUUUCACUUUUGGGUUGGAUUCUUAUAAAAGAAUACUAAUUAUAUGUAGCAGAUUUAAUUUAAAAUAUUUAUCAAUCUAUAUCUAGGCCUAUUUUAUGUCUAGGCAUUCUAUUUUCAGGAAUUUUGGAUAUGAAAUCAGCAAAAUUAAUUGAACAACUAUUUUAAAUCUUUUCAAAACUUCUAUUUAGCAUUUAUUUAAGUCAUUACUUUCUAUAUUAAAUAUUGAUAAGCCAAAGCUUUAUUCAAUUUGGAUUAGUUCCCAAUUUUAUAUGUAAUUAGUGUUGUAAUACUUAGUAUUCACUUUGA